CGCCAGGUGGAUCUUUCCACAUGUGUAGCCGGGUUCUUUGACUGAUGAGUGACCUAGGGUUUGAAGGAUGACGUCCAUCUAACAGAUUUUUUGAAACAAAAUUUCAGUUCAAUCUGACGUCGCCAUAAUAUGAAGUUCACGGUGUUUUUUGUGUUUUCCAUGUUGGUCUUUGGCUGUUGCGGGAAAAAAGCCGGCCAGAAAUCCGCCCUCGAUGAUGUUUCUGACUUGAAAGAGUUCAAAAAACUUCUAAAAACGCGAACAAGUGUAUUAGUUUGCUUUACAAAAUCUCUAAAAGAGUCUUCCAAUGUCAUCAAACAAUUAACUGAAGUGUCUGAGGCAGUUCGUGGAACUGGGACAAUUGUUACAGUUGAUUGUGGAGGUGAAGGGAAAAAGCUUUGUAAGAGUUUAAAGAUAAAACCGGAACCUUAUAUACUGAAACAUUACAAGGAUGGGGAAUAUCACAAAGAUUACGACAGGAAAGAGAUGGUCACUUCAUUUGUUGCCUUUAUGAAAGAUCCAUCAGGUGAUGCCCCAUGGGAAGAAGAAGAUUCAUCACAAGAUGUCUUUCAUCUAGCCAACCCAUCGAGCCUAGCAAAACUGUUACGAAAAGAGGAGAAAAAAGGCAUCAUGAUUAUGUUCUAUGCACCUUGGUGUGGAUACUGUAAGAAAAUGAAGCCAGAUUAUGCUCAAGCUGCUACAGACCUUAAGGGCCAGGCAAUUCUUGCUGCCAUUGAUGUUAACCGGCCAGAGAAUUCUGUUGUUAGAAAACAAUAUAACAUCACAGGAUUUCCCACUCUUUUAUACUUCAAAAAUGGUGCCAUGAAAUUCAGCUACGAAGGUGACAACAAUAAAGAUGGGAUUGUUAGCUUUAUGCGAAACCCUACGCAACCCACGGAAAAGCCAAAGGAACCCGAAUGGUCUGACGUGGAAAGUGAUGUCGUUCACCUGACUACGUCUACCUUCGAUGAAUUUUUAAAAAGCGAACCAUCAGCGCUUGUGAUGUUUUAUGCCCCUUGGUGUGGCCACUGUAAAAAGAUAAAGCCCGAGUACAUGGCGGCAGCCACCAAACUCAAGGAAAUGGGAGUUGCUGGCAAACUUGUUGCCGUUGAUGCUCAAAAAGAGAGUAGCCUCGGUAGCCGCUUCGGGAUUCGUGGAUACCCUUCGCUCAAAUAUUUUAAGAACGGUGAAGUGGCAUUCGAUGUUUCCCUGAGGGAAGAGGGUCCAAUCGUCGAUUUCAUGAAAGAUCCUAAGGAACCACCUCCACCUCCUCCACCAGAGAAGCCUUGGAGUGAAGAGCCUUCAGAUGUUGUUCAUUUGAACGAUGAAAACUUCAAAUCGACACUUAAGAAAACUAAACAUGCAUUGGUCAUGUUUUAUGCUCCUUGGUGCGGGCAUUGUAAACGAGCCAAGCCUGAAUAUACAGCAGCUGCCGCACGUUUAAAAGACGACUACAAAGUCGUCUUGGCUGCAGUUGAUUGCACGGUCCAACAGGCGUUAUGCAAAGUUUACGACGUCAAAGGAUUUCCCAGCUUCAUUUAUUUCAAUUACUUAAAGAACAGCCGACCCUACAGCGGAGGGAGAUCAGAAUCCGACUUUGUUUCUUUCAUGGAGGAUCCUGACAACCCGAAAAAUGGUUUGCCUCCUGCACCUCCUAGCCCAGAGGAAGAGUGGACUGGCUUGGAUGGUUCAUCGUAUUUACACCACAUGACAGAUAGUAACUUUGACGAGUUUGUCAAAAAGAAAGAUUCCGUGCUUGUUAUGUUUUACGCUCCUUGGUGUGGUCACUGCAAGUCCAUGAAGUCGGACUACGCAUUGGCAGCCAAGAAGAUGAAAGAGAUGAAUAUUGCUGGUGAGCUAGUCACCGUUGACGCCACAGCUCAAACUGGUCUUCAAACGCGCUUCGAAAUUCGUGGAUUCCCAACCAUCCGUUAUUUCUACAAAGGCUCCAACUUAUCGGCCUACGAGAGGAAGCGAAAAGCAGACGAUAUUGUCGAUUUCAUGCGAAAUCCUCCUCGCUCAAAGGAUGAGUUGUAACUGGGUGUCUAAUUUAGACUACUUAACUGAACUGCUUUGGUAAUGGAGCGUUCGGAUUAACAUUUCCGUUUUCCCGAUUAGUGAAUCAGUUUCUUGCAAUGAUUUGAAUUGUCUAUCAAAAUCUCUCAUUCGUACAGCCUUAUCCUCAUCUAUACAGCAACUCUCGUUUUUCAUCAAGUAACUUUUCGUAUUAGGCCAACCCCAAGUGGCAGCAGUCUUUCGCUAACCAUAUGUGAUGUCGCAUUCAUCGUUUGUUAUUGGUUGUAUGGUUAAGCCCUUACAGAUCGCGUGCCCAAGUUAUAAAAUCGAGUAUGACAUGUCGGUAAUUCUUGCCCUGUGUCUGCACAACUUCCUGGGCUGGCCAUCUUAAAGUGCCUUCAAAAAUGGAGCCAUGGAAGUGCGGCACACGGAUUAAUAAUAAGGAAUGGUAAGUGGCUUUUCUCUCUCUCACCCUAUGCUAUCUCUUUAUCACGCACUAUUUCCCUUUUUCUCACUCUGUCUUUCUCUGUCGUGUGCAAUAACGAGACAGAUAGAAUGAAUCUAUGACUGCGCCGUUUGAAUAACAAUAAUCCUUGUUUUUUGGGUUGAAUAAUAAUGGCAUUCCAGAUGAUGA